AUGAAGAUUUGGAUUGAUACUGACGCUGGUGUUGAUGAUGCCACAGCUAUUCUUAUAUGCCUUAACUGUCCUGAUGUAGAAAUUAUUGGGAUUUCUUGCGUUGGUGGAAAUGCAUCUCUCCAAAAUGUUAUAAGGAACGUAAACAGAACUCUCAAAGUAUGGGGUAAGACUGAUAUUCCGAUUUAUGCAGGUUGCUCGAAAGCAUUGAUUCAGCCAUCAAUGGAAAUUCCAGAGAUUCAUGGAAAAGAUGGACUUGGAGAUAUUGAUGAUAAAUCUUAUGGCAUUGACACACCAAUAAUGCUAGAGAAAGAGCAUGCUGUCAAUGCUUUGAUUGAUGCCUGCAAUAAAUAUGAAGAUCUCAACGUUUUAUGCCUUGCUCCACUCACAAACAUCGCAUGUGCCUUAAGAAUGAAUCAAGAAGCAUUCCUUAAAAUCAAGCACUUAUACAUUAUGGGUGGCGCCGAAGAUGGAGUAGGAAAUACGUCUCCAUAUGCGGAGUUCAACUGGCGCGCAGAUCCAGAAGCCGCACAUAUAGUUCUUGAAUCAUUCCCACAAGUCAGAACUACAAUUAUUUCAUGGACACUCACUGUAACAUGUUCAUGGCAACCAAAGACAUUUGAUGUUUGCUAUUUAGAGGGAACUGAAAUACGUAGAUUUGUUAAAGAGACAUGGAACGCUACUCUUACUUUUUGCAAAGGUAUUUUUUAUCCGGCAGAUCCACUUGCUGCUUUUGUUGCAUGCUAUGGUGACAAAGCUGUUACGAAGUCAGAGAGAUUAAGACUUUCAAUUGUUUUGCAUGGCGAAAAGAUCGGAAUGUCACCAGCAGUUCCUGAUGAAAACGGAUGUCUUGUUAUCAAGGGCUGCGAUCGCGAAUUCUUCCUCGAUGUACUUAGAAAGUUACAAGACCACAGAUAA